AUGGCUGUUGAAAAAGUCGUGUCUGAUUCUCCAGUCGUUGGAGAAAAAGGCAUCAUGGCUGAUGAAAACGCACCAACGAAAGAAGCCUUCACUGCAACGGGUGAAGAAUAUGAGCAAGAUGAUUUCAUGACGAGAACGGGAUUGAACGCUAAAUCUUUUACGAGGAAGCAUUAUGGUCUGGGGCUUGUGGAAUUGGAUCGGAAGAUGAAGCCGAGACAUCUUCAGAUGGUUGCUAUUGGAGGAUCUAUCGGUGCUGGAUUCUUUGUUGGAUCUGGUUCGGCGUUGAGUAAAGGUGGCCCUGCUACGUUGUUUAUUGACUUCUUCCUCGUUGGAGUCAUGGUUUUCAAUGUGGUCUACGCAAUGGGUGAAUUGGCUGUCAUGUAUCCCAUCUCCGGCGGCUUUUAUACGUAUGCAGCUCGUUUCAUCGACCCAUCUUUUGGUUUCGCCAUGGCUUGGAAUUACACUCUCCAAUGGGCCGCUACACUUCCUCUCGAACUCACAGUUUGCGCUAUUACGAUUCAGUACUGGUCCCCUGACAUUUCCCCCGGAGUCUGGAUCGCCGUGUUUCUCGCUGCUAUUACCAUCCUCAAUAUGUUCGGCACCCUGGGUUACGCCGAGGAAGAAUUCUGGGCAGCGUGCUUUAAACUCACCUCGAUUUCUAUCUUUAUGAUCAUCGCGUUGGUGUUGGUUUGUGGUGGGGGUCCGUCGAGUGGGAGUUAUGAUACAUAUCAAGGCUUUAAGCUUUGGCAUGAUCCAGGUGCUUUCAAGAACGGAUUCAAGGGAUUUUGCUCUGUUUUCGUCACAGCGGCGUUUUCGUUUGCGGGUUCGGAACUCGUGGGCUUGGCAGCGGCUGAGUCUCGAAAUCCUACUGCUUCAGUCCCCGCAGCUAUUAAGCAGGUUUUCUGGAGAAUCUGCUUGUUUUACAUCGUCGCGCUAUUGUUCGUUGGGUUGUUGAUCAGCUGCAAUGAUGAAAACCUCCUCAGCUCAAGUUCUUACUCCAACAGCGCAGCUUCACCCUUCGUCCUUGUUGGAAAAUAUUCCGGUCUCAAGGGUCUCGAUCACUACAUGAACGCCGUCAUCCUCUCAUCAGUCUUAUCCCUCGGCAUCGCCUCCGUGUAUGGAGGGUCACGCACACUUCUUGCCCUUGCGCAGCAGGGAUUUGCGCCAAAGAUCUUUACAUGGGUUGAUAGAGCGGGUCGACCUUUGCCGUCUGUCGGAUUCAUCAUUGCGUUUGGAUGUCUUGCUUUUUUGAACCUUGAUGCGGCUGGUCCUGUUAUUUUCGAUUGGCUUUUGGCUUUGUCGGGAUUGGCUAUGCUUGUUUGCUGGGGAUCGAUCUGUCUCGCACAUAUUCGAUUUAGAGCGGCGUGGAAGUAUAAUGGACAUACACUCGAUGAAAUCCCAUUCAAGGCCAUUGGAGGUGUUUGGGGAUCAUGGUUGGGCUUGAUCUUCGUUGUUGUCAUUCUCAUCGCUCAGUUCUACGUGGCCAUUGUGGCCCCUGUUGGCGAAUCUGGAAUGGGCACUGUUGAAGACUUUUUUAUGCAAUAUCUUGGGUUGCCUAUUGUGCUGGCUUUCUGGGCUGGAGGAUAUCUCUGGAAGAGAACGAGUUGGAUCAGCAUUGAGAAGAUUGAUAUUGAUACGGGCCGACGUGAACAUGAUUGGGAGGCUAUCAAUGCUUGGAGGACAGAGCUUGCUACGUUUCCCUGGUGGAAGCGAUUGAGGUACACUUUGUUCUACCUUUCAGCUAAAUUACACUGUUACCACUCCGAAUCCUACAGAGAUUUACGGAUAAUGGACACCACCAUGAACAACACAAGUCCGCAGUCACAAUCUGACCUUCCCUGGGAUUCACUAGUCGACACCUUUCCCUUCCUGACCACUCAAGCCUACCAAGCACUAUCCAUCCAACUACAAUUCUUCCGCAAUAUGAGCACCGCCAAUCUCCCUAUUCCCGAAGAUAUCACCACAAAAGAAAGAUUGAAGACAAUCCUCGAUAAGGCGAAACUUGUCAAUGAACUCAUGUCCAGUUUGACUCACAGCUCUGAGCUUCUUAUUGAGUUAAAGAAUCUGGAAUUUGACGAGAUGAUUGAUGCAAGGAGAGAGGAAGUUAGUAGUAUGAUCGAUGAGGCGGGCGAGAAUAUGGAAAAGGUUAUUAAUAUGCAGGCCAAGGAGGAGUCUGAGAAAGUGCCAGGGCAGCAAGGGGCGGAACCGGGAGUGGCGGAGGUUCAGAAUCAACAAAAACCUCCAGAACAGCAGAUUCCUAUAGAUCAAAUGCUUGGCGAGCUCGGUUUGGAAGUCCCAAGACCUCAAGAAGCACAGGUACCGCUGGUGCAGCCAACAGCUCCGCAGCAAAGCACUAUACCACAGCAAAUUCCAGGUCUUCACCAAGCUUCUGCACUACCAACGGGUCAUCAAGGAUACAAUCCAGUACCAGUACACAAUCAAGCUCCAGUACUUGGCCAGGUUCCAGCACACCCCCUCCCCGAAACAGUUCCCAUUCCAAGACGAGAUAGUGUAUACACUGAGACGAGCACUACAAGCUUUGAUGACUCUAAGAUUCUUAGAAUGGUGGAUAAAGCGAUGGAGAAACAGAAACAGAAAGAGAGGGCUGCUAAGAGAAUGGCAAAGAUGAGGAGGGAGCGGGAGAGGGGGGACUUUUGUAAGCGCUGUGGACGUUGUUGA